CCGGACGUCCGAGCCUUCACAUGGCAGGCCGCAUGCUCGGUUUGUCACGAGCGGCGACGAGGAGAUCAUUGGUCCUCCAGGCCGCAGGGACAUUGACGGACAUGCAGCAGGGACAGCUGCACACAUCGGGUGAGGAGGGGUUGUUGAUGCGUCCCGGGACGAGACGACACUGCGGCAUCACAGAGGUGGAGACUCGACUCGCAGCAGAGGUCGCCGCCGGCCAGACAGCGUUGGUCGUGAUUCAGAGGCAGCGAGAUACGGUUGCUGCACAAGUGGUAGAGGAUGAGGACGCAGACACAGAGUCCGAGCCGCUCGAGAGUGUGGUCCGCAGAUGCAGAGCAGUCGUGGCCGCGGCAGCCGCUGCAGCACAGGCGGCAUACAACAGUGGUGUGGAGGGCACAGGUGCCGGAGGGAGAGGAGGGCGCCUGGGAGGACAGCACGACCGAUCGUCCUCCGGGAGAGGCCGCACGCGUCCUCCUACAGGGAGGGGCACGGGCCGCUCUUCUGGGAGCAGAUGACGUUGUCAGUGGUGUUUUUUUUGUUUUAUUACUUUUUUUUUUUUUGGCUGGACUUUUUUUUGGCAGGGAAGUUCCAUAUUUAUGUUCAUGUUGUUCCAUGGAGAUGACGACGUUAUGUGGGCGUUAGGGUUUUGGUUUUUUUUUUUUUAGCUGCUCGGUGUUACGGUAGAGACGAUGGCGUCGAGGGGUAGGGUUUUUGGCUUUGGCCUUGUACAUAUGCAUUUCCACUGAAAUGCUUUGUCACUGAGUUGUGAAUUUCAUAUGCCAAACAGGGAUGAUAUGCUAAUGAAUGUGUUGUUUCACG